AUGUACUUUUGUACAACACCUAUGACUGUGGACUUGCAGAAACCGCCUAUACAGGAAGAUUUUCAAGGAAUCAGCCCCUUCGGAUUCAGUGUAGAAAGUGAUAUCGAAGACUACCUGGAGAAAACUCUGUGGGAGUUAAUUACAAAAGCCGUUAGUACAGGGACACAUUUAGGUCAGAUGCUUACGGCCUCAAGAGUUGGAUGUGCUACAUGGCUGAAAACCAACACGGAUAGCACACACCACGUGUUCCUCAAAUGUAUUUUUGAUAAGAAUAGAGACUUUACGAGAGGCUCCGCGUUAGCACAGCAAUCCCUGAUCCGAAUGUUCCCACAAGUGUGGCGACAGGCUUUUCAGUUGAUUUAUUCCAUGGCAUUUCGCAGUACAAUAAAGCUGUUACCUUGC